ACUGAGGCGCGGGAGCCCAAGUGCGCGCUCGGGGCACACGGCUCCCAGGGCCUCAGGCCAGCAGCUGGGAGCCCCGACAGCGGGUGGAGGCCACUCAGCCCACAGACCCCCAAAAGCCAAGGUGGCCUGUUGUGGCCCGGACCCCAGGCCUGCCGGGGCGUGGGCGGCCAGCAGGGUCCCUCGAGCACACCCACCCGUCCUGAUGGGGUGUCCAUCCCAGGCCAUCGUCCUGUUUGUGUGUUUGCUGGCGGAGUCCCCGAGCGGUGCACGGUGCUCGGGAACCAGGCCAUCUUGGCUGAGCCGCUGAUCCCCACACAGGCGCGCCUCAAGUUCCCCAUCGACUACCCCUACUCCCCGCCGGCCUUCCGGUUCCUGACCAAGAUGUGGCACCCCAACAUCUACGAGACGGGGGACGUGUGCAUCUCCAUUCUCCACCCCCCCGUCGACGACCCCCAGAGCGGGGAGCUGCCCUCGGAGCGGUGGAACCCCACCCAGAACGUCAGGACCAUCCUCCUGAGCGUCAUCUCCCUCCUCAACGAGCCCAACACCUUCUCGCCGGCGAACGUGGACGCCUCGGUGAUGUACCGCAAGUGGAAGGAGAGCAAGGGCAGGGACCGCGAGUACACGGACAUCAUCCGGAAGCAGGUCCUGGGGACCAAGGUAGACGCGGAGCGGGACGGCGUGAAGGUGCCCACCACGCUGGCCGAGUACUGCGUGCAGACCAAGGCACCCGCGCCCGACGAGGGCUCGGACCUCUUCUACGACGACUACUACGAGGACGCCGAGGCCGAGGCCGAGGCCGACAGCUGCUUUGGGGACGAGGACGACUCGGGCACCGAGGAGUCGUGACGCCGCGUCCCGGCCGAAUAAACGUGCAGAUUUUACCUCAGCGGCCGGCUGUGUGGGCUCUGAGCGCCCGACGCCGAGACUACCUCACGGGCGGCGCGCCGGCCCGGUCCCCCCGCUCCCGCCUCGGUCCGCGCAUCCCGCGUCCG